GAUAGUUGUUCUAGGCUUGUAAAAGUGAAUUUGGUUAUUCAGAUAUAAAUAUCCUCGCCGGUUGCUUUUUAUCUUAAUUUAUUUAGUUAAUAUUAAACUUUUGCUUUGCGCUGAAAGAAACGUCUCCUAUUUGUUAAUACAUACCUAACAGGAGAAUUCCCCAGUCAUCAACAAUUUUCAACAUGGCUUCUUCUAGAGGAAUGGCUCUUUAUGCAGAUGAACAGCAGAAGAUGAGGUUCCAAGUCGAAUUGGAAUUUGUUCAAUGCCUGGCUAAUCCUAAUUACCUGAAUUACUUGGCACAGCGAGGAAAUUUUAAGGAGCCAACGUUCAUAAACUAUCUGAAGUACCUGCUGUACUGGAGGGAGCCCGAGUAUGCCAAGUAUUUGAAGUAUCCACAAUGUUUGCACAUGUUGGAUUUGCUGCAGUACGAAUCUUUCAGACAAGAACUCAUGAAUACUCACUGUGCACGUUUCAUCGAGGAUCAACAGCUGCUACACUGGCAACAUUACCUGAGAACGAGGACGAAGUUGGUGCAAGAGCAAGCAGAUCUGAUUUCAAAAUCUACACAGCCAGUCACAACCACGCAAACACCCACCAAUACUAACUCCACAUCUCUUUCAAACCAAUCUAACAUUUCACAGAAUUUUAUGUCACCCAUAACACCAAAUAUAUUUUUAAAAUAAUUAUUUUGUCGAAUAUUAUGUUAUUUGGACUUAAAGAUAUCUACUUAAUCUCAAAAUAUAGCAUUUGGAUUCGCGGUUCGAUAAAAUGCUAUGAAUUGUCGAUAUUUAUUUCAGCAUAUCUUUUAUUUCUUUGACUUUUUCUUUAAAUAAGAUCAGUUAAAAAUUUCUCAGCUUCAGUUGAAUGCAAUGUAUAUAGUAUAACACUAAUUUUUUACUUGUUUUAUAUUUAUAUCUAACAAGUUAUUCCUCUUUUGAUUUCUUAAUCUUUGUAAAUAAACUGGCA